AUCAGCCCACUUGGGAUGACUGCAACCAGUUGUUACAGGUCCUGUUUACCAAGAAAAAAAGACUGGAUCCUCCUAGAGGCCCAGAAGAAUGUACCGAGGGCCGAUGGGCGACCCACUCAGAACCCAGCCAUUAUCGAGGAGGGGUUCCCCCUGACCAGACCUGAUUGGGACUUCAACACCCCGGAAGGAAGCCAGGCACAAAUGAAUACCGCCCAGUCCAAGACCUGCGAGAAGUUAACAAGCAGCCGAAACGAGAGAAGAUUGCAUGAAAGGGAUGGAGAAACUUCUGGCAGAAUUAGGAACUCUAGGAUAUCGGGCAUCAGCCAAGAAAGCACAAAUCUGCAAAUGACAGAUGCUGAAGCCACCUUGUUCACAGAUGGAAGCAGCUACCUAGACCAAGGAAAGCAUAAGGCAGGAGCGGCUGUAGUAGAUGGAGAAAAGAUAGUGUGGGCUCAGCCCCUCCCCGAGGGAACCUCGGCACAGAAAGCUGAGCUCAUUGCUCUUAUGAGAGCGCUAGAACUGGGGUCCAGAAAGAAAAUGAACAUCUAUACAGAUAGCAGGUACGCCUUUGCGACAGCACAUGUGCAUGGAACCUUUUACCAACAAAGAGGACUCCUCACCUCUGAAGGUUGAGAAAUAAAAAACAAGCCGGAAAUCACAGCACUCUUAGAAGCUCUGCACAAACCAGCCAAAGUUGAAAGCUCUCCAAGCAGUCCAAAGAGAAGUGUGGACCCAACUAAAAGCAGUCUACGAGCCCGGCACUCCAGAAGCAGCCCACCCAUUCCAAGUUGGAGACUUUGUGUUUGUAAGGCGGCACCGAGCACAGACCCUCGAGCCACGGUGGAAAGGACCUUACUUAGUGUUGCUGACCACCCCAACAGCAGUCAAAGUCAACGGGAUUGCCGCCUGGAUCCACGCAUCUCAUGUGAAACCUGUU